CCAGGUGAAAUCUCUCUCUCUCCUGAUACGAGAAGGAUAACCAUCGCUCAUCCACCAGAAACCAUGAAGACCAACGCCGCCACGCUCUCCUCCUUCCUCCGCUCAGCCUCCACCGCCGCCAUACUGCUUCUCCUGCCGCUGCUUCUGAUUGGCUGGGCAGAGGAGGGGUUGGCGCACCCCGUAAACAAGCCGAUGAGCCCGGUGCUGCACAGCCAGGAGACGUACACCAGAGUUCAAGAAGUGGCACAACAUGCUCAGAGUUUGCAGGAAGUGGACGAUACCGACAUCAGACUGAGCCCCCGAGUCAACACCAGCCAGGACGAAAUGAAGAUCUGCUGCCUCCACGCCAACAUCCUGGACUUCUACCUGAACAACAUCCUGCACCACCACAAGAGCGCUCACCCCCACAUGCACAAGCUGGAGACCGACCUGACCCGGGUCAGCAAGGACCUGCAGAAGCACGGCUGUAAUGUGACUCACUAUCACGACCAUCAUCACGCCGUGGAGUUCAGGCAGAAGCUCAACACGAUGGAGCACGGCCGAGGAAUCAUCAAAGCCGUGGGCGAGGUCGACAUCCUGUUUACCUACCUGCAGGACUUCUGCGUGGUGAAGAAGAACGCCGCCGCUGCAUAGAGACGCCUCAAGCACCUGCCUUUUAUUUACAUUA